CCCUAUUUAGGGUGUAACAACGCGAACGAGAGAGCGCGAUGGAGAGAUCGAGUAAGCGCGACGAUCGACCUUGAAGUAGACUCUAGCGGAAACAGGUGGACGGGACGAGCCGAACUUUGAGUAGUGAGUCGAAGACCAAGCAACGAGACUCAAGGAGUUGAAUCGAGUCACUCCUGCACCUGGAACACAUAGUUGAGAGCUUGGGAUGUUGAAUGAAACACGGACGCGUUUUACUUGUGCUCUUUUCUUGCCUGAUCGAUCUUUCCGAGUUCCUCAAGUGGCCGCCUUCGCUUAAGCAGCCAUUUACGAACAAAUCAGCCGCCGUUGGGUACUUCUCUGGCUGUUAUCCUUCUACUAUCAGCGAUCGCACUGGGUCAUCUCACUCAGAGAGACGCCCACAUCUUGAUGAAGCAGAAGGCAUCAUCCUUAUCAGCUUCUGCGACUGUCCUCGGGACUUGAUUCAACAGUAUCUCCUUGUCUGACUGUCCCGUGAACUUGGCUACACAUGAUAGAAGACUGUGUCUGAUCCGGUGCAAGAACUUCAAAAGCGCUACGCAGGCUGAUUCUACGAUGGUGUUGCGAUGACUGUUUCCCUCGCGCGAUUGCUUGCUAUCACAACGCUGCUCCCUCUUUUCAAUGUCGUCUCCUCAACAUGGAUCAUGCACAGGCCGGGGAAUGUUUCUGUUCAGAUUCCGGAGAGCCAACGGCAACCUGUCCUGGACCCCAUUGUGCACCAUGUUCAUAAGCGUGCUGGGGAAAAGGUCAGCAUAGGCUACUUCACAAAUUGGGGGAUCUAUGGAGCCAACUUCCAGCCGACGGACAUCGUGGCUGACACACUUACCCACAUACUAUACUCUUUCGCCGAUGUCGAUCCUUCGUCAGGAACGAUCGCGUUGACCGACCUUUAUGCAGACACUCAGAAACAUUUUCCUGGCGACUCCUGGAGCGAGCCCGGCAACAACCUAUACGGUUGUCUGAAGCAAAUCUACCUCUUGAAGCUGGCGAACCGAAAUCUCAAGGUUUUGUUGUCCGUUGGUGGAUGGACCUACUCUCAAAGCGGCCACUUUGAGUUUGUCACCAACCCUGCAAGUCGGGCCAACUUUGUCACCAACGCUGUGAAUAUGAUCGAGAAUUACGGAUUCGACGGGAUCGACAUGGACUUUGAAUACCCUUCAUCGGCAGCGGAAGGCCAAAAUUUCGCUGAUCUAUACACCGAGCUGCGAACGGCAUUCGACGCCUUGGCCACGAGAAAAGGAGAUAAGACUCCUUAUGAAUUGACGGCAGCCGUUUCCGCUGGUUAUGCACAUUACGAAUAUCUUGCCAUUCCUCAGAUGGAUGCAGGUGAUGUCGUCGAGUUCACGUACCCAAGCUGUUGGCCUGAUGCACAGCUCAGCCCUCUCCUACUGGAACCUCAUGGUCAGAUGGUCCAUGUCACUGUUGUCUCUUUGAUGGAUGACUUGCUAGGCGCUAAUGUCUACGGAGGUGCUCGCACGAAUACGAGCACUGAUUCUGCAAUCAAGUACUUUGUUGCUUCCGGAGCAACUCCGUCAAAGAUCAGCAUGGGGAUCCCUCUUUACGGCCACGCUUUUGAGAACACUCUAGGACUUGGGCAACCCUACAAUGGGAUUGGUCCAGGAACAGUCCAGGCGGGGAUCUAUUCUUACAAGGCACUCCCUUGUACAUCUAUCCUUCUGCCCAACCACGGGGAAACUAAAGGAUUCGACACUACAAUCCGACUACUCAGGCAGGCUCUUCUUUUCUCGUUUGGGACGAUGGGUCUGAUCUUGUUCAAGGAACUUGUCAGCUACGAUACCCCAGACAUUGUCCGAUUGAAAGCUCAAUACAGCAUCACUAAUGGAUUGGCCGGUUCGAUGUUCUGGGAACUAUCUACUGAUAAGGUGGGCUCCGAUUCGUUGGUAGGAAUCAGUGCCGGUGUGUUUGGUCUGCUCGACCAGACUUGGAACCAUAUCAGCUUUCCCUCGAGCUCCUGGGACAAUAUCCGUUCAAAUAUGGGGCAAGGUGCUCCGACAGGGCCAGUUACCACGGCGGGACCAGGGACGACAAUGACCGCCACCACCAUCACCACUCCCAUUGUUUCGACACCGACGACGACGAGUUCCGAUAGUGGAUCCACUGGUUCGCCGGGAUCGGGCUUAUGUACUGGUGUCUCAGCCUGGACCUCUGCUGCCGUGUUUACAGGUGGAAUGGAGGCCACUUACAAUGGACAUCUCUGGACUGCCAAAUGGUGGACCGAAGCCGAUAUCCCUGGUGGCUCAGGUACGUUACGGAGUCACUAUGACUCUUACGGCACUCAUGGUGUGAUGCAGCCGGCGUUUGGUCCGAUGACGGCGCCUGCUGAAUAGUUUGUUAGUUUUACACAUUGUACAUCCCAUGUGCAUCUAAAUCAUUCGUGUUUGCAUGGCGA